GCGCGCCUUUCCCCUCGCCCCCCCGCCGCAUCCCCGCCAUGGAGCUCCAACGCAAGGAAUAUCCGGCACUGCUGACGUCGCUCUCUCCCGCGCAAGCCGUGGCCGUGCUCGACAGUCGCAUGAAGCAUGUUGGCCAAUUGAACACGCAUAUCGCCGACUGGCUGCAGGAACGCCGUCGCGUAGAAGAGCACUAUGUCCAAGGCCUGCGCAAGCUCGCCAACAAGCACCCGCCCGACGACUCGUCAGACCUAGGCGUCCUCGCGACUCCAUGGCAGAAGAUUGUCAGCGCGACCGAGUCGGUCGCCCAAUCGCACGCCCACCUCGCGACCAAGAUCGAGGCCGACGUCGAGCGCCCCCUCCGUGACUUCUCCGCCAACAACCGCGAGAUGCAGGCCAUGGCUAACAUGCAGGGAAACCUCGCCGCCAUUGCCAAAGAAAUCGACACGGCGCAGAAGAAGCAGGCCAAACUUCGUGAUAAGGGAUCGAAGGCCAAAGCGUCCUCGGUCGCCGAGGCGGUGCAGGACAUGGAAAAGGCCGAGCUGCAGUGGGACACGCAGGCUCCCUACGUUUUCGAGCAGCUGCAGGCCAUUGACGAAACCCGUCUCAACCACCUGCGCGAUGUGCUCACCCAGUUCCAGACGCACGAGGUUGACCAGGUCGAGCGCAGCCGGACCACAGCCGAGGAGACGCUCAACGCCAUGUUGAACAUCGAGACGGCCGAUGAGAUCCAGACAUGGGCCCUGCGCAUGCGAAGCGGCGAGGCCCCUCCGCCUUUGCGGAAGAUGAGCAAUACCCCAGCCAAUCUGGCGCCGCCGCCCCUGCCCACGUCGCCGACGGCAGCAGACGACAACCGCAGCCAGAAGAGCGGCUCGGCGCAAGAGAAGCACAGCUCCAAUCCUCUCAAGCGAUUCGGGACGGUGCUGGGCCGACGAAAGAGCGCCCACCCAUACGGACGCGCGACAUCGCCAGACCGGAAAUCGUCGGCAAAUCUGGGUUCCGCUUUUAGUGGAUUCGGCAAGGGCAAAGCAAAGAAGAACGAGGAACCUGCCCUGAGUUCAACCGCAGAGCGUCCAACCUCGCCGCUGAAGCGCCUUUCUCAGCAGGCCUCGCAAACAUCAGAGUCUCCCAGCCUCACUCGCCAAGCCAGCCCCGAACCGGCUGCAAACGGAACUAUACCCGAGUCGACCUUGGAGAUGGAGGAAGAGGCAGAGGAGCCCCGUGCUGUGAAUGGAACCUCCUCUGCACCGGAACCUAUACCAGAGGUCGAUGAGUCGGCACCGCCAGUUCCAACCAAGGAAACGCAGACAGAGCCAGCAAAAGACGCUGAGGGCUACUCUAUGCGUCCGUCUGCCAUGGACGCCAUUACCGAAGCCGAAAGGGAGGCUGGAUUCGCGCAACCCGAGGGGAGUGCACCUCCUCAAUUUAAACUUGAUAUCAGAAACGCCCCGAUCCAGGAAGAAGACGGCGAUGCAGAUGCAGCUACAGCGAACCUAGUCAACACGCUGCGUGCACAAGCCGCACAGCCAAAACGGGCGACCACACUGCGAGGCCGACGAGAUGUUCGUAACACGAUUUUCGUGCCCAGCCCCGCAACGCCAGAACUUCAAAGUAUAGGCGAAGUCCCAUUACCAUUGAGUAGUGAUUCUGGCCCCGCCUCGGGGGCUGCUUCUCCACCUGCUUUACCCCCACAGCCUUCUUCGCCAGCGUCCAAACCACAUCGCGCCUUGUUGUCAGAAGACCACGCCGCAUCGGAUACACAGUCCAUCCGGUCGGGCCGAUCCUUGAGUAGCUCCGCUAGCUCUACGGUAAAGCAUCCCGACCUGCAUGAACCGGGGCUCAAUGCGUCAUUAGUGGAGACGGUCAGCGCUUGGUUCGAACAGGGUAAUGUCACCAAGGCAAUGGUAAUCGGGCAGGUUGCGCUUGCAUAUAAUCCUGUUGAUAUUUCUGCUGGUCCAUUCGGCACCGAGAGUAUACGUCUGGAGAAUUUCCCUGUGCUCGAAAAGGUAGCGCCUAAUCCCGCUUUCAUUGAGCAAACGCCAGAGAAUCCAGGCAGCUACACUGUGGAUCUGUCCAAGAUUACCAAAACUUCGGUAGCUUUCCAUUACCAACUGCACGUUGAAGAGAGCAAUGUCGGCUCUCUGCCCCCAAUCAUUCUCUCUCCAGCAUGGAAGCCAGAACCCACACAAACCUCUGUCAUCCUCCACUACUCGCUCAACCCCAAAUUCGACCUCGGCACCGCCACCAGCAUCACCAUGCGAAACCUCGUGCUGGUGAUCCGCCUCGAGCCCGGCUCAAAAGCGACAUCCUGUCAGUCCAAGCCCGCCGGCACCUUUUCCCGCGACAAGAGCCUCAUCUACUGGCGCCUGGGCGACGUGACCCUCGCCAAAGACUCGGUCGCACAAACCCUUCGCGCGCGCUUCUUGACCGACGGCCAGGCCAAUCCCGGCAACACGGAAGCCCGCUGGGAAAUCAGCGACGAGCACUCGCUCGCGCUCGGCAGCGGCCUAGGCGUCAGCAUGAGCCAGUCGCUCAGCACCAAAAAGGACGACGCCGAAGACGACCCCUUUGCCGACAUUGACGAAAACGCCCCGCCGAGCCCCGCUAUCGAGUGGAAACCCGUGAAUACCGUCAAGAAGAUGAUUAGCGGUACUUAUCUAGGCGUGUGAGCGGACUAUAUAUAUGUGGGAUAAAGUGCUUUCGAAGGGCAGCUGGAAGUGUGUGUGGAAAUUUAAGGGAACUAAUGGGCCUCUUUUUUUUGUGAGAGAGAGAGAGAGAGACAAGAGAUGGGGACUGCAAAGUUGACAGUUGUGUGUCUAUCUGUGUACUGUGUACUGUGUGUCUGUCUGUCUGUAUGUGUGUAAGUGGAGGAAGAUGGAGGGGAGGAAAGGGCGUCG